AACCCCUGAUUUCAUUUCGUCCGCGAUUGAAUUUCAAUUUCGCAUCCGCAGCUUAUUAUCUCCGCCUUUCGGCGAUCCUUAAGGCCUUUCUGCACCUUUCUCUCUCCCUCUCUCUCCCUCUUGCGCAAGCCCUAACCCUAACCGCAAGGUUUUCACAAACGGAUUCGCCAUGAAAGGAGGAAAAUCGAAUGCCAAGGCAGACAAUAAGCUGUCUGUGAAGAAAGGAGCUGCAAAAGCAGGCAGAAAAUCAAGUAAGAAGGAAAAGGACCCUAACAAGCCUAAGAGGCCUCCGAGCGCUUUCUUCGUCUUCAUGGAAGAGUUCCGACAACAGUACAAAGAGAAACAUCCAAACAACAAAUCUGUCUCUGUAGUUGGCAAGGCUGGUGGUGACAAAUGGAAGUCAUUGUCUGAUGCUGAGAAGGCGCCAUAUAUAGACCAGGCAGAGAAGCGAAAGAAGGAAUACGAAAAAAAGAUGGAAGCUUACAACAAGAAGCUGGCUCAAGGAUCUAGUGCUGCAGAGGAGGAUGAGUCUGACAAGUCUAGGUCUGAAGUUCAUGAUGAUGAGGAAGAUGAUGAAGGCAGUGGCGAGGAGGAAGAUGAUGACUAAACAUUGUCUUUGGUGGUUGCAUAGUUUUGUGGCUGUUCUAGUGUUUGAAUCAGUCUGUUAACCUCCUUGGGUUCUUAGCAACAUUUGACAAUUUCCAGUACCAAUGACUUUACCCCUGCUAUCAAAUUGUUUUGCCAUCUAGAUAAGUGGAUAGUGGAUAGAAUUUAAUCUCAUUUCUCUCUGUAUCUUGUAACUGAGUAAUGUAGAGCAAGUUAUGCAUUUUCAUGGUUUUA